CCUCUUCCUCCUUCGCGAGGAAUUCAGUGCUUAGCGAGGACGUUGCCAGCAGCGGAGAGUUGAGCGAGAUGGGGAAAAUGCAAGUGUUGGGUGUAGUCGCUGUAUUGUUGGCAGUGUACUGCGUCCAUGCAAAGAUUUACUUUCGGGAGGAGUUUCAAGACGGCGAUGAGUGGAGAAGUCGUUGGCUGAAUUCCAAACACAAGUCUGACUACGGAGAGUGGAAACUGACGGCGGGCAACUUCUAUGGAGAUGCUGAGAAAGACAAAGGUCUGCAGACAAGCCAGGAUGCUCGUUUCUAUGCUACAUCCGCCCGUUUUGAGCCGUUUAGCAACGAGGGGAAGCCUUUGGUCAUUCAGUUUACAGUAAAGCAUGAGCAAAAGAUUGACUGUGGUGGUGGCUACGUGAAGGUCUUCCCUGCUGACUUGGAUCAGGCUGACUUGAAUGGAGAAUCUUCCUACUACAUCAUGUUUGGCCCUGAUAUCUGUGGCUACAGCACAAAGAAAGUCCACGUCAUCUUCAAUUACAAGGGCAAGAAUCACCUCAUCAAGAAAGAGAUUAAGUGCAAGGAUGAUGAGCUGACCCACAUGUACACGCUGAUCCUGAAUCCAGAUCAGACCUACGAGGUGAAGAUUGAUAACGAGAAGGUUGAAUCUGGCAGUCUGGAGGACGACUGGGACUUCCUUCCUCCCAAGACCAUUAAAGACCCCGAAGCCAGUAAGCCAGAGGACUGGGAUGAUCGUGCCAAGAUUGACGAUGCUGAUGACACUAAGCCAGAGGACUGGGACAAACCUGAAAACUUCCCAGACCCCGAUGCUAAAAAACCAAGUGACUGGGACGAGGAUAUGGACGGAGAGUGGGAGCCACCAAUGAUCCCUAACCCAGAGUACAAGGGAGAAUGGAAACCCAAACAGAUCGAUAACCCCAACUUUAAGGGAACAUGGGUGCAUCCUGAGAUUGACAAUCCUGAAUACAGUCCUGAUUCCAACAUCUACAAGUUUGACAAGAUUUCUGUUGUAGGUCUUGAUCUUUGGCAGGUGAAAUCCGGUACCAUCUUUGACAACUUCCUCAUCACGGACGAUGUGAAGGAAGCAGAAGACAUUACAAUGGAGACAUGGGGUGUGACAAAGGAACCUGAGAGGAAAAUGAAACAGGAGCAGGAUGACUUGAAACGGAAGGAAGAGGAGGAGAAGAACAAGGAACAAGACGCAGAGGCUGUUGAUGAGGAGGAUGACGAUGAGGAAGAGGAGGAGGAGGAGGAUGAAGAAGUCGAUGGGGAAGACUCAAUGGAUGACAUGGAGGAGGCACUUUCCGAAAUGGAUGCAGAGGAAGCAAAGCUUAAUAAAGAUGAGCUUUGAGGAGGUUUGGCCAGAGAUUUUGUGUGUGUCCUCUAGAAACUCUGUCCUGUAUUUCCCAGGGGUAUUGUGGCUGCUGUGCAUCCUUUCCCUGAGAGAUUUAAGAUUUUGGACACAAACCAAUUUGGGGCCGGGGGGGGGACAAGGGGAUUUUAAUCAACAUACUUUGUCUCUAUUUUUGGUCAUAAUAUUACCUAAUUGUCCUGAACUUUUUUUUUUUUUUGUCCUCUAAGGCCCAAUCCUCAUUCUGUGUCAACAAAGAAUCAGGAUAACAUGACAGCCACUGUUUUCUUGAUUUUCUUGAUCUGCACAUCAAAUGUAUAUGUGGACACAUUUUCAGAGCUUAUAAAUCAGCCAUUAUGCAACGUGGUUAAACAAUAAAUGCACAUAACUGAACAAAUACAAUCCAAUGUUGUAAAACUUGAGCAGAAUAUCACCAAAUACAGACAUCAAGAUUGUAGUGCAACUUAUUUUGGUUGUCUGUAGCACUGACUUUUUUUUUUUUUCUCUUUAAUAUAAAUUGGUCUUCAUGUAAGUUCAAAAUGAAAUUGUUUUUCCUACAUGCAAAUGGCUGGAUGUGAUGGGUUCUGUGUUAUUUCCUGAAAGUCUGGAGAAACGGAUGGUGAGCCCCCUGGUUUGACCCAUGACAUCGUUAUGGGUCACACACUUAUUUUCAUUGGACAAUGUUAUUGAUACCAAAGUUUUUAUUAAAAGAUUAUAACCGUA